CCCUGCCCGUGAGCAAUCUCCUAACUCAUCUCUGGAUACUAUUUGUCUGCAGAGAUGAUCUGUAAUAUGCGAGUGUUAAUAUUCAUGACUGUACUGUUCCUUAUCAUUGCGUUUUCCUUUGGAACCAUAUCACCUCCCUCUGGAAAAGCUGACAAGAAGCAAUCUCAGGAAAAGAAGAAUAAGAAGGGUCCAACGGAUCGAAAUGUCUUCGACAGAGGUUUAGUGGUGAAAGACAUUAAGAUUAGUCAAAUCCUCCGAGAGUCAGGAUUGUAUUAUGAGAACACCACUAAUAGACAGUUUACAGGGAACGUAUUGGGGUACGUUACUCCUUGGAAUGGCGAAGGCUAUGAAGUCACCAAAACGUUCCAUGGGAAAUUUACAACGGUGUCGCCUGUAUGGCUGACGUUUCCUAAAGGGGAUGUCAUAACUUUUCAAUUAACUACUUACGAUGUGAAUAAGAAAUGGCUGCAAGAAAUGAGAAAGACCAAUACAGAGAAACAUGCAGUUAAGGUCUAUCCUCGAAUUAUAUACGAGAAUUGGUCAGGUAAUGACAUUGCCAAUUUACAUGCAAACAGUGAGAGAAUGAAUCAAUUGGUCUCAACGCUUAGGAAAACGGCUAAGGAAUUCCAGUUUGAUGGUUAUGUCUUUGAGUUGUGGAACGCACUCUCAUAUUCGAGAGCUAACAUGAACUUUGUCAAAGAUGUUAUCACAACCAUUGCGAGGAAACUUAAAAGUAAUGAUUUAGGAUUAAUAUUAGCGGUUCCACCAUCUCGUGGGAAGGACUUUCAGUUAUUCACCAAACGAGACUUCGAUGCUCUUGCAUCUGACGUUGAAGCUUUUUCACUGAUGACCUAUGACUACUCAAGUGUCCAGCGUCCGGGACCUAAUAGUCCAUUGGACUGGGUUAGACAAUGUGUCGAAGAAUUAGUUCCAAAUCAAGAUGACCCCAAUCGUUCAAAAAUCCUAUUGGGCAUCAACUUUUAUGGAAAUAAUUACACUCCGGAAGGUGGAGGACCAAUAAUUGGUUCUCAAUAUCUAAAACUCCUUAAAUCACUGAAAGGGAAAGUGCAGUGGGACGAGAAGAGCAAGGAGCACUUUUUUGAGUUGAGGAGUACGGGUGACAGUUCCUACGUCUUCUACCCUACACUAUAUUCAAUGAAGCUCAGGAUAGAUCUUGCAGCUGAUUUAGGAACCGGCAUUUCCAUUUGGGAACUUGGCCAAGGAUUGAAUUAUUUCUACGAUUUGUUGUAACAUUGUUAAGAAAAAAAAAGGGAGGCUCAAAACCGAAACGAGUUUCAGUUUCCAAGACUGUCAAUGUUUGUGGUGAAUCAUGCACGUUAAUUCCCACAAAAAUACUGCAAUAAAAAUAUUUUGUUUAACUAA